CUUUCCAAGGUUGCUUUCGUUUCUUCGAUCGCGCCGCGCGCUCUUUACAGCAUAAAUACAAGUUUAAAGAUGGGGGCGACUAAUGAGAAACCACAGAAAUGUCCAUUGUGUCAUAAGGACUGUCGGAAUCAGGUAACGCUUGACUGCCAGCACAGUUUCUGUCAGGGCUGUAUCGGUGAGAUUUGGAGCGUGUCUCGUACUGGACCUUAUUAUUGCCCUGAGUGUAGGUACGAAUACGCACAGCUACCCGACUAUACGGACGGAGCCUCGACUUCUACAGCAAACCCAAACACAAAUUGGAGAAUUGGAAGGAACAUAUCUGCCCGAUACUCCCCUAAGACAUUGCUUGGGAAGAGGAAAUCCAGUUCAGCCUUUCCUGGGAAGUAUGAUGGAGGAUACAGACUGGGUUCAGCACCAGCAAAUAACAUUAACACUACUGUCUCUGGUGAGGUGAUCAAUGUCGUGGACUCUGAUGAUGACACAAGAGCGCCACGUAAAAAAAAGGCCACGGCAGACGAGCGUCCAUGUGGAAGCCAGUCUUCAACAGCGGUUCAUAGAAAAACCUCUAUGAGUGACACAUCGACACAGUGCACGCCUCCUGAAACGAAUGAGAUGGCUCCUUCCAUUGUAGAAUCAUCUCCAGAAAGGAACACUACUUCAGUAAGGCCGGACCAGCCUGUUGUGGCUUCCUGUAAUGAUGAAAGGACACCCAAGAAGGCCACCACAUCUUUACAAGAACCGGCAAGUGUAAGAGACACCCCCACUAAAGUCUCAGCAGAGCAGGCACCGUCUAAAAGUGAUGAGAAUCCGGCCACCAAUGUUUCAGAUAGAUCAAGAGAAAGAGUCUCCAGGAGCGGCUCUGUGCCCUGUCAUUACUGUCCUAGUUCAGAUCAGAAGGUGGCAGUAAAGACCUGCCUGGUGUGUGGAGCCUCCAUGUGCUCUGAGCAUCUGCGCGCGCACUUGGAAAAGCCGGUGUUCCAGAACCACCCGCUCGUGAAUGCUGUGGAGGACGUUUCUCUCUGGAGAUGCCAAGAACAUCAGGAGAUGAACCGUAUUUACUGUAGAUCGUGUAGGGUAUGUGUGUGUACUGUGUGUUCACUGGUUGGAGGACACAAGGGCCACGAGUGCAUCAGCAUCCGAGAGGCAGAGCAAGAGCUCAGGGGCUUACUAAAUGAAGAAAUUAAUAAAAUACAGGAAACAGAAAAGUCCAUUCAGGAAAAAGUCUCUGAGAUCAAGGAGAAGAAACACACUGUCCAGACGGGUCUUGAGGAAGUACGGGCAGCUGUAUUGCAGCAGUAUGGGGCAAUUCAGGAGGCUCUUAAGCAUGAGGAGGAGCAGGCGUUACUCUGUGUGUCCAAAGAGGAGAGCAGAGUUCUGGGGAACAUUGAAAGGCAGCUGGACUCUUUGCUGAGCGCCCUGACGUCUAGCCAAAGCAUAUUAAAAACACUACAUGGAAUGACUGGUGAACAAGGGAUGACACAAUACCAAGACCAGGCUUUUAUCAUGGAAUACACCAAGAUAGCAGGAAAACUGAGUGGAUUGUCUGACCCCGUGCAGAACCUUGAGCCUCCUCAAGAGGUUAAUCAAGAUCGACUGGACUGUCUUCAAGACUGGACUGAGCGGAGACUAGAUACUGUGCUCAUUACAAUGCCUCACCGAGACCCUUACAGACUGCAGUAUGGCAUAAGCCCAACUCUGGAUCCUGACACUGCCCAUCCAAAGCUGCUGCUUUCUGAUAACAACAGGACGGUGCAGUUUACAGAGACCCAGCAGGACUACACUGAGCUGGAGACUCGCUUCAAUAUUUUCCCACAGAUUUUAACUUCUCAUGGUCUAGACGCAGGCUGCUACUACUGGGAGGUGGAGGUCUCUCUGGAUGAUGGCCGUUGGAAGGUGGGAGUCUGUGAUGCACAUAUAGGCAGAAAGGGCCAAAAAGAUGCCUGUCGCAUCGGCUUCUACCCCAAUUCCUGGUGUUUGAUUUAUGAGAAGGGGAAAGUAGAAGCCUUGCAUGAUAAAGUGGCUUUGCCUGUGUGUGCCACUGGUCUCUGGAAGGUAGGCGUGCUGCUGGAUUUUAAUGAAGGUCGAUUGUCUUUUUAUAGCGUGGCAGAGGAAGGAACUCUGUCUUUACUGUACAGUUUCGAACAUACAUUCACUGAGCCGCUCUAUCCGGCACUGGCAGUUUCUAAAACGCAGCUUAGCAUCUGUGAUGUAUUUACAAAGCCCACUACAAACUAGAGGAUUAUUAUUAACACAACCUUCUUGUCAUUCCAAUAAUCAUGACUGCUGAACUCAGGUGUUACAAGCAAGCAGUUAUGUUUUGGCCUGUGUUUCUGAAUGAUUUGUUUUAAAAAAAAAGUUUUUUCAAUUCUAUUUUUAUUUGUAAGAUUAAAGUUGUCAAAACAGCAUUUCAAAAAUAUUUUUAGAUAAAACAAAGCAAUUUUGUAUAGACUCAUUUUUAAAUUUGCUAAAUUAUUUUUUGGUAUUUUUCUAUUGAGUAAAUGUAUGCAAUUGCACAGUUUGCAUUUACAAUUAAAUAAAAUCGAGGCAAUUAUAAAUAUUAUUCAUUGGGAAUCAACAGACUACACAUAAAGCAAAGCAAUACUCAGAUUUUUAAAGAUAAUUUUGAUUCAAUCUUAAACAAGCAUUUUUUAUGCCAGUCAUGUGUUUCAUUCUGUCCAUUAUCCAGCAUUCCUUUUGAUGUGUUUUUGAAAUAUUAAAUGUUUAUUCAUUCAAUGUAGCUGCUUUAGUUUCUGUGCAAGUUUAUAUUUCUGUGCACUAAAUAUUUAAUUUCAACCCUAGGUGGCAGUGUUGCUUAAUAUGAAAUAGUCCAUUGUUAAAUGCUCUUGAUGAUUUCUUAAUUUAAAAUAAAAAUGAUCAAAAA